UUGAGACGUUCGGAUGACAUGCUGUCUGCUCUUAACAAGCCGCCGACAUCAGCACGGAGUAGACCGUGCCUAGUGUGCGGCCGGUGCAUCGGUCCUCGAGGCGGUUGGUGGCUUGGCUAUGCAAUGAAAGAAGCACAGUGAAUGUGGUUUGUGUUGUUUCUGCCUGCUUCAGUCAACGCCAACGGCAAAACCCGACGACUGCUGUGAACAUUGACCGCCCACCCGUCCCGCUUUCGCUAGGUACGUGGGUUCUUCGGUUGAGUGACAUUGUCGGCUCGAGUGCCCUGGAUUGGCUUCAAGAGAGGGAGAGGGGGGCAGAGGCUGGCGCCAUGCCCCUCACCGCUUCUGCUUGCCCGCGACGGGGCAUGUCUAGUUGCCCAACGCCCUGGGAAGCGCCCCUCCCCUCCCAGGCGUUGAGGCUCACGAGCGGAAAAUCGUCAAUCUCAACGACGUCCCUUGCCGCAGCCGCCAGACAUUCUUCGCUACGACUUCUUCCGACGAGUGGUUGCAAAUGUGUUGAUGCCCAGACAUUUCGUGACCGCCGAGAACUGACCCCACAGGGCAGUGCUGGACGGCAGCGAGGUAUCAGUGAGAGGCGUGGCGACAUUUCGGCGUCCAGAUGUCAUCUUCUGGCUUCCGAGACCGCGAAGGUGUGCUCGGACCCUUCUCAGGCCAUCGCGUGUACGGAUAAUGAGAAAGCUUGCGGUGGAUCGCAGUUAGUAAGACGCUUCCCCGCGUCUUGCCGAGCGAGACGCAUUUCCCCUCUUCUUCCCCAAGGUUCCCCAGCAUUGCACGGGGCCCAUCGUUCGUGUGAGCGCGGCGCGAAGUGCCCGUUGUCCCUUCUGGCCUCUCGUCCUGGCUCUAUUUCCGGCCAUCCGAGCCCUUUGGGGGGGAACCCCCCACACUUGUCAUCGUGCGGCGGACAGAUCUAAGCUCCGUAGAUGGAGCCGUCAGAUUGGCGCAAAACUUGUGGGCAAAUAAGCUUAGCAGUUGCAAAACGG